AAGAAAACGGUGCUUAGUUCCUCCAUCAAGGACUUCAACCCCGAAAAUGUGGACGAUUUUGAUGCCGACUGCAUUUACGAAUGUUGGUGGCGUGGGGAUGACCGAACGCGCGCAGGAUUUUAUGACGCCAAAAUUAUUACCAUGACCGAUUCAAAAGAGGAAAUGGAUGAGUACCUUGAAAAGAGGCGAGGUGCAGCUCCAACGAAACAGCGAAAGACAUCUAAACAAGAAGCGGCCCCUAAAAGCAAGAAGCGGAAGCGGCAAGACGCUAAGCAGAUGGCAGAGCUGGAGCUGCUGGGGACACUCAGCAGCUCUGGUGACGAGGACAGCCCUUCAAUGAAAAAGCUGAAACUGGAAAAUGAACACCUACGGCACCUAAAUUAUAAGCUGCAAGAAGCACUCUGUGCCAAGGUGCUUGCAAAAGACAGCAGAGCCAAUAGGAGUACGAAGAGCUUCCAUUCCGCAUCCACAAGUCAUCAUGUGCCAGAGGGUUUUUAUGGAAGUGAAGAGGACCAGGUGUUGGUAGGUGGCCAUGAUCACAGAAUUGUGAUGGCACCUGAGGUUGUCCGGCCAGCUGCACAGCUCCCUGCCCCUGCCCUGCAGCCUGCCAGGGGACUGCCUGCCUCACAACCCCAUGCUUUGCCACCUUCAGUGCGACGGGUUGUUGAGAUGCACUGUGGCGAAAAUGUUUGGCUGCACAAGGACACCUUCGAGACCUUGCUGGGUGCAGAAAGGGACGCUUUAUUUGUUAAGAAGGCGGCAGUGGCUAUAUGGUCGUCGGAGGUCCUCAUUCGCCGCAGCGUAACUGGUACCCUUUCAAACCGGAGCAUCGCUGCGAACCCCAACAUGUCGCCGCAAGCCCCGAUGACGCCCCAGAAAGUGAAAGCCAUACGUAGUUUCUUCGAACACUACGCAAGACAGACCACAGCCCACGAGGGGGUCAUUGCCGGAAGGGCGAAGAACAUCCGCCGCUACCUUUCAGAAAAAGUUAGUGAGCUGCGUCGGCGAGAAAGAGGUGGGGGUGUAGAAGAAACGCUGGAUUGAGGAAGAGCCUCAAACGUCACCACGUCACUGGCCAUCCCCUUCAUUUUUUUAUAUAAUUAGAUGACAUUUUUUCCCUCCAAAAUUAUGCUUCAAUAAAGUAGUUAUGAC